CACUUUUUUUAGAACUCCAAUUUAGACUCCAGAUGUCUACGAGUGCUUAAUGUUUUCCAAAUAGUUUAAACGCUUUACACUGAUCUUACACUGACUUUAAACGCUUCUGAUCAUGAGCGAAAAUGUUGAUUCAACAGAAGGAGCCGAGAUAUCAGCUCAGACAGAAGUCCGGAUCAACCGAAGAAACUUUCCCAGCAACUUGUGGCAUUUGGUGAAUGAUCCUCAGAUUUGUUCAAUCAGCUGGGAUGAAACUGGUGAAGGAAUCCUGAUCUGUCCAGAGGCCUUCAAAGCUGAAGUGCUAUGUGCAGACAACAAGCAGAUAAACAAGUACUUCAAAACGACAAAUUUCAUCAGUUUUGUUCGCCAGCUAAACCUGUACGGCUUCAGAAAAGGUCACCCAGACUAUGAGAUCUCACUGAAGCAAGUCGGUUUCAUACAGCACUUUUACAACCCGAACUUCAAACGGGCAAACCCAGAGCUUCUGGUCAAGCUAAAGCGACUCACGCCUGCCAACAAGGCCAAGCUUGCUGCUGGGAAAGAAAUGUCCAACCAGUCAAGUCCUUUCCAUCCGAUGCUGAAUUCACCUGAGAAUUCUGCUGUAGUCGGCUCCAUGGGUUCCAACAUGCCCUGCUCCCAACAAGAAGUUGCCUCCGCUCAUUGUGGCUGCUAUCCUGACUACUCAUUUAGCCACCUCCAGUACACUGGCCAGGAUCCAAACUGGCAGUCAGCUGAUGCUCCCGAUACCAGGAAGAGUCACAUGAACAAGGGCACUGUAUUCAAGGCGGAAGAUGAAAUCUAAGUGCAAGUAGAGACUGCUUGCAUUGUAAAGGAUUAAGAAGAGAACGUUUCUGCAAGUGGUAUCCAAAUGUCAUAGUGUGACCAUCAUGACACCAAAACAAACAGCUGUUUAUGAGGUGAUAGGUUUGACUUUAUGCUAUGUACUGCUAAGCAU